CACAUAGAGAAAAAAAAAAAAGACAAGAACAAAAAAAAAACUUGAGUAGACAGAGAGAAUCCAUCCCUCACAAAACCCAAAACCAACAAAAAAAAAAAAGCACUCAAGAACAAAUCGAAAUCUCAAAACUCUAUGAAACCUCGUCUUCCUUAGUCUUCUCCUUCGAUUUCACCUUUAAUGGAUGCUUGAUUUGCUCUGGUAACUGCGUUUGGUGAGUAAAGAUUUUACUAUGGAUCCGGAAAGUGUCAUGGCUGCUGAUGGGACGGACUCUGCUCUUGCAAAUGGUGGUGUUGAAGGAAAUGGUGUUGAUUCUGGCGAGACGUUGGAUACUACUUCGGAUAGUCAGAAUGAGAAUUCAGGAGAUAGUUCCAAUUUGGAUGCAGUUGAACAGCCCAAAGAGACAGCAGCUGAGGUCACACAAGGUGUAAAUGUAGAAGAUCAAGAGCAUGUUAAAGGCGAAAAGAAGCUUAAGCAUGAGAAAUUCUCAGGUGGUAAGAGUGUUCCAUCGGCACAUAUCAAAAAGAAGAAAGAGAAAAAAGAUGCAACUGUUAAAGUGGCAGCAUCAAAUGGUUCUGUAACUUCUGUUGCUCCUAAAGCACCUACAACAAAGUCUCUAAAAAGCACAUCACUCAAUGGCAGAGCGGCUCACGUCACGGAGCAUGGAAAGCAAGACUCUGCACCAGCUGAAAGCGCCACCGGGGACAAGGUGAAACCAAAGCCUCAAAAGAAACAAACCCAUGAGACAUCUGAAGAUGAUACUCAGUCUUCUAAUAGCCCCAAGGCAGACGAUGGCAAACCUCGUAAAGUUGGUGCACUUCCAAAUUAUGGAUUCAGUUUCAAAUGUGACCAACGGGCUGAGAAGAGAAGAGAGUUCUAUGUUAAGCUUGAGGAAAAAACUCAUGCGAAAGAAGAGGAGAUUAACAACAUGCAAGCCAAGUCCAAGGAAACAGAAGAAGCUGAGCUUAGGAAGCUGAGGAAGAGCUUGAACUUCAAAGCCACACCCAUGCCUAGCUUUUCUCAGCCGCCUAAAACAGAGUUAAAGAAGAUACCACCAACAAGACCCAAAUCUCCGAAACUCGGAAGAAAGAAGACUGAUUCUGAAGAAACUCAAACCCCUCGCGUCGGUAGGCUGAGUCUAGAUGAGAAAGCCUCUAGGGAAAAUCCAACUGCUAAGGGAACUGUGGCAACAGUUGAUCCCAAGAAGCAACCGUUGCGCAAGUCACUUCCAAGACUGCCGUCUCAGAAAACAGCUCUCCCUGAUGGAAAACCCGCCGCCACAACCUCAGCAAAGGUGAAACCUGAAAGAAAGAAACUUGAAAAAGAUGCAGAAACUCAAAACCAGUCUUCAAAUACCAUAGAAGAGGAAGCACAAGUGACUGCAUCACCCAAAGCUGAUGGAGAAAACUCGCAUGAGACUGUAUCUCCAAGGAUUGAUGAAGACAGAGCCGAGUCCAUUCAGGCAUCUGAAGCUGUUGCUGUUGAGCAUAAAGAGCUCUGCGUUAAUUAAGGAAGACAAGAGGAAAAGAAAGCAUGUAAUAGUUAUAUAUAUCUUCGACCAAAACUUGUUUGAGAAGAAAUGGGUAAAAGAGUGGAAAGAAUCAUUGUGUUUGGUUCUAAAGGUUGUUGCUUUUUAUAUAUUUCUAUGUUUGAUGGUGUAAUGUUUUUAAUCUUUUAUGUUGUA